CAUCGCGCUGCACAGGUCCCCGCUAAAAAAAAAAUAUAGCGUUGGUGGGUACCGUGCCGGAACCAAGCUUUUGGGGCAUCUCAGGCGAUUGCUUCCCUCUGUAAUUUCCUGCAAACAGCUAGCUGCCAGGCUAACUAGCUGCGGCAGUGGCCUACACAUCUCUUUCCGGUCCGCUGUCUCUGCCCGGUGCUGCUCCCCCUUCAGAGUGACUUCUCUGUCAUCUCGCGUUCUUUUUUUUAUUAAUUGUUUUUUUCUUGCGCUGCCUCUGCCAAGGAACAAGCUUUCACUCCUCCCCCCCCCCUCCCCGCUCCAUAUAAUAGCUUCCGUCCUCGCUCUCCUUCCUCCAACUUCUUCUCCUACACACAUUCUAACCUCUACCACACAAAUCAACCCUUUAGUUUCUUAUUUAAAAGCCUUUUAGCUUUUCAUCCAUCAACAUGCCUUUCACCACCAGCGAUAUCUGCAAGAUCCUUCUUGCCAUUAUCCUCCCUCCCAUCGGUGUCUUGCUCGAGCGUGGCUGCGGUGCUGAUCUCUGCAUCAACAUCCUUCUCACCAUCCUUGGUUACAUCCCCGGUAUCAUCCACGCUCUCUACAUCAUCCUGAAGUAUUAAGCAAUGGGCGCGCAGCCCAUGGCGCCUCUGUAAUGUCCCGCCCCUGCUUGACUGCACGAUAAAGCUCCUUGCACUUUGCAGGAUGCCUUGAUCAUGCAUGUCAAGUAGAGCAGGCAUUGCCCCGAAAUGCUGAAACGACCAGUCACUCUUUGUCCGCUGCCCGUGGCAGCGGCUCUCUUUCCUUGUGUACACUAUGCACACCCUCCGCAUCACCGAAUCUCGUUAGUUGCCUUUGCUUGGUAAAGCAAACAGGCUUUUUCUGCUUUAGACGACGAACGCUGGCCUUGGUUUACGGUGCCUAAUUUCGAUACCCUAAAUGCUACAAACAUUUUUUCUUCUCUAG